GUGACAGUACAUGCUCUCUGCUGGACGCAGCCAUGAUGGAAACAGAGCUGUCAGUUCAACGCGCCUGAACACAUACACUCGCUUUUCUGUUCAAAUACAGAAGUCAAGCGGAUUUUCAAGUUUAAUUAACGAAGUAUUCUAUAUUUAAAAUAUUUACAGUACACAUAAUGCGCUCUAAAUAAAUAUAUGCUACGAGAUGUUGUGUUUACAGUGAUCAGGCACAUCAGCAGUCGUCUCAAUAACAGCACGCGUGUCAUCAGAGACUCAUGGAUCAUCUACUAUGACAUUUUUCAAUAUUUCCCAGACUUUCCUCAAACACAGAGUCCGUCACUGGUCAGCUAACUGCCAAUGGACCCGUUCCCUCGCCGUGUCCCACACACUCUUCCCCUGUAGGGGUCUAUCGACGGACGGCUCCGCUCCUCGGCCGCAGAUUAGUGAAGACUCGAUAGAAGUUUUCAGCCAUGUCUACCCGCGAGAUGACAUGACCAAUGUGACAGCUAAAAUCUUGUCCACAGUUGGCAACCAGCUUCACAACCGGCCGCACCACCCCUUGUGGCUUAUUAAAGAACACAUCAAAGACCAUUUCUACCACUCCUACAUCGGACGCACGGGAAACCCACUGUUCUCUGUACAUGACAACCUCAGCCCGGUAGUGACGGUGGAGCAGAACUUCGACAGUCUACUCAUUCCUCCAGACCAUCCCAGUCAGAAAAAAAACAAUUACUACCUGAACCGCACACACAUGCUGUGGUCCCACACCUCCGCCCAUCAGAAGGAGCUGGUGCGCUCAGGUCUGGACCGCUUCCUGCUGGCUGGAGAUGUGUAUAGACGAGAUGAGAUCGACUCCGACCACAAUCCUGUCUUCCAUCAGAUGGAGGGAGUGCGGCUUUUCUCAAACCAUGAGAUUUGGAGAUCCGCUGGGUGGACUGCUACUUCCCUUUCACACAUCCCUCCUUUGAGAUGGAGGUGCGCUUCCAGGGUGAUUGGUUGGAGGUGCUGGGCUGUGGGGUGAUGGAGCAGGAACUGCUCUGCUCAG